AUGAAAUCAAACGGAGUGUCCAAGAGUUGGAUCGUGGAGAAUCGCUUGAGAAGCGCGUCUCACGCUGGCUCCUGGUACGCUGGGGAUUCUGGAGACUUGAACCAACAGCUGGACGACUGGCUGAAGAAGGUCAAGAAGUCGGCUGGUCUUGUGAAGGCUAUCAUCUCACCGUAAGUUUCAUACUUAUAUUGUAUUUUGUUGUUUUAGACAUGCUGGAUACUCGUACUGUGGAGAGACUGCGGCACACGCAUUCAAACAGAUCACUCCGGGCAAAGUGUAAGUUUACUUUACUUUUCAACUCAUUUGUCAUCGACUUUAAUAGGGAACAAUCUAUAUAUAAAUUUAAAAAACAGUCUUCUACUUUAUCAUUUUACUUUCAGAAAACGUGUAUUUGUACUGGGACCGUCCCAUGUUGUCUUUCUUAACGGCUGCGCCCUAACCACCUGCUCCAAGUACCGUACUCCCCUCGGCGACCUUAUUGUGGAUCAGAAGGUGAAUUCGGAGCUUGUCGCCACCGAUGCCUUCGAACCUAUGAAUGUGCGGAACGAAGAAGCUGAACAUUCCAUCGAGAUGCAGAUGCCAUUCUUGGCCAAGGUACUGGGCCACAACAACUUCACCAUCAUCCCUGUACUAGUCGGUUCGUUGUCGCAGUCAAAGCAACAUCAGUAUGGUAAGAUCUUCGCGAAGUACUUGGCCGACCCUGACAACUUCUUCGUCAUCUCAUCCGACUUCUGCCAUUGGGGAGAGAGGUUCCACUACACACCUCACAACGUCUACAGUGGCAAGUUCAUCCACGAGCAAAUCUCGGAGCUGGAUCAUAGAGUAAGUGAUGCUUAAUAUUACUAGUUUAUAAAAAACAAUUUUAUUAUUAUCACAUUGUUAUUUUUUAUGUUUCUUGUUGACUAAUUAGGUAUAUAGUAGUUUCAAAGUACAAAACCUCGAUCAUGUCAUAGUCUUUAACUUCGUAUAUUUUAGGGAAUGGACGCUAUUGCCACUUUAAAUCCUCCGGUCUUCAAUGACUACCUAAAAGAAACCCAGAACACGAUCUGUGGCCGGAAUCCUAUCUGCGUGAUGCUACAAGCCGCCGAGUACUUCCGCCAGAUGAACAAUCACACAGCUGACUUUAAGUUUCUCCGAUAUUCACAGUCUAAUGCCGUGAGUUAUUCGAACAAUAUGUUUAAUACUUUUAGGCACAAAAGUAACCUAAAGCUGACAUUUAGAUACAUCAUUUUCUUAAAACAUCUUUCAAUGCAAAUGCACUCUUAAGCCUUUUGAAAUAGGCUUAUCUUUUGAAUUCUAAACUACUGUAAAUUCGUUAUUGAAAGUAAUGUCAUACUGUUUACCUAGUAUCUAUUACCAUAAAUCCACCUAAAAUAUGAUCUUACAGUGCCGUUCAACAAGCGAUUCAUCAGUUUCCUACGCCGCCGGGGCCUUAUUCAUUCAACCCAAAUGA